GUACACUUGACAGUAAAAGCUACAUUUACUAUGAGUUUAACGUUUCUUCUACUAUUCUACAAAUGAAUGUCAUAAACAGUGGUUAUGUCGAUCCAAACAACCUGAAGUUUGAAGAAAUCAAAAUACUGGGAGUGCUUCAGGAAAUAACACAACUUACUGUCUCUCAGAACAAUGUUCCGCAAAAUUCUUCACAUAAUAUCACCUACUAUCCUUCAGAUAAGGUUGUUCAUAUAACAGGACUUCAGCUUGAACUGGGAAAAUCCUACACACUGCGAUGGACUCAACAGUCAAGUAUCAAUGAAAGGUUUGAUUGUUAUCCCAAUCAGGAUCCAACAAAAGAAAAAUGUGAACAACUUGGCUGUGUCUGGGAGCAGUCACCAUCAAACCCAGAUAGUCCAUCCUGCUAUUACAGCUCCGACAACUCUUACUCUGUUGAUGGAGUAGAAUACUCCUCAUCAGGUUUGGUAGCCAACCUGACCUUAAACAGCACCAAUGCCAGAGCUAAUGAGAAUUACCUGGCACCAAUUGGUACACUGCGCUUGGAGGUUAAAUAUCAUAGCAACCACAUGCUGCAAUUUAAGAUUUAUGAUUACCAGAAUGCACGAUAUGAGGUUCCUAUACCAUUAAAUCUCCCAAGCUCCCCAGUGAACACAACUGAGGACCUACUCUAUGAAGUAUCAGUUCAGAGAAAACCAUUUGGUAUACAGGUUCGGCGCAAAAGCACAGGGACAGUCAUCUGGGAUUCACAGCUGCCUACCUUCACAUUCAGUGACAUGUUCAUUCAGAUUUCUACCCGUUUGGCAUCCCAAUAUAUAUAUGGAUUUGGAGAAACCGAGCACACCAUGUUUCGACGCAACAUGAGCUGGCACACCUGGGGAAUGUUCACAAGAGACCAGGCUCCUACAUAUAAAUUGAAUUCCUAUGGUUAUCAGCCAUUUUACAUGGCUCUUGAAGAAGAUGGCAAUGCCCAUGGAGUUUUCUUGCUUAACAGCAAUGCAAUGGAUGUGACGUUCCAGCCAACCCCUGCCCUGACAUACCGCACCAUUGGAGGAAUUCUUGACUUUUACAUGGUUUUGGGCCCAACACCAGAACUUGUUGUUCAGGAGUACACUGCACUGAUUGGACGACCAGUGAUGCCACCCUACUGGUCCUUGGGAUUCCAGUUGUGCCGCUAUGGAUACAGAAACGACACUGAAAUUUCCCAGUUGGUGGAGCAAAUGAAGGCGGCUAACAUUCCCUAUGAUGUUCAAUAUGUAGAUAUUGACCAUAUGGAACGGCAACUGGACUUCACUCUUGGAGCACGCUUUGAGGGAUUACCAGCUCUAAUUAACAAAAUAAAAGCAGAAGGAAUGAGAUUCAUCAUUAUUCUGGAUCCAACUAUCUCCGGAAAUGAAACUGAUUAUCUUACUUUCUCGAGAGGUGUAGACGAUGAUGUCUUCAUCAAGUGGCCAAAUACCAAUGACAUUAUAUAUUCCAAGAUCUGGCCGUUUCUUCCCAAUGUUACAGUCAAUGAGUCACUGCCUGAGCAAACCCAAAUACAGCUCUAUGGAGCACAUUCAGCUUUCCCAGACUUCUUCCGCAAUUCCACAGUGGAGUGGUGGAAGAGAGAAAUCCUGGAGUUCUACAACAAUCCCCGUAACAUCUCCAAAAGUAUUAAGUUUGAUGGCCUGUGGAUUGACAUGAAUGAACCGGCAGCUUUUUAUAAUGGUGCCCUUGGUGGUUGUAGAGAUGAACUCCUUAAUAACCCACCAUAUAUUCCUC